CUCAUUCAAAAUGGCGGCAGCGGCGACGAUGUUCCGAUGGCUGGAGCUUUUGGAGAAGGAGUUCGACAAGGCGUUCGUGGACCUGGACCUGCUCCUGGGCGAGGUGGACCCGGACCAGUGCGAGCUAACCUUCGAGGGGCGGCAGAAGAUGACGGCAUUGAGCUCGGCCUUCGCCCAGCUGUGCCACAAGGCGCAGACAAUCUUCCAAGUCAACGCCAAACUUGAGGCCCAGCUUGUGGACCUGCGCUCAGACCUGUGUGAGGUCCGUGCCACCAAGUCUAUCCUGGAGAAGGAGCUGCACAACCAGCUGCUGCAGCUGCAUGCCGUACAGCUGCAGCUGCACUCCAAGUCAGGUGUCCAUGUCGACUCAGAUGCCAUCAAGGCCAAGUUGUUCCAUGAUAUUCAGGAGGAGGUUCAGAAGAAGUCAGGUGAUCUCCGUCCUGACCAAUCAGAUGCUCUGCUGUUUUUGGCAAGCCUGGAAAGUGAAAUGGAACAGUUUAAAAAUGAUGCCAUGAAGGAGGCCAACCUGGAAGCGGAAGUGAAGGAGCUACGAAAGGAAAACAUAGAGCUGCGCCAACAGAUCCACGCUCUACAGUCCGAGGUCUACGGUGCCAGACUGGCUGCAAAGUACCUGGACAAGGAGCUGGCUGGCAGAAUCCAACAGAUCCAGCUGCUGGGCCGCGACAUGAAGGGUGCGGAACACGACAAACUGUGGAACCAGCUGGAGGCGGAGAUCCACCUCCACAGGCACAAGACGGUCAUCCGGGCGUGCCGCGGUCGCCACAGUCCUCUACGUCAGCUCCCCGCACCACCCGGACAUGACCCACAGCACCUGCGGCGCACCCAGGGAAUAGGUGACGUCAGGACUAUCAAACUGAUGAAGGAGCCUGAGGAGGGACUCGGUAUAUCCAUCACUGGUGGAAGAGAACAUGGCGUCCCCAUCUUGAUAUCAGAGAUCCAUGAAGGACAACCAGCAGAGCGAUGCAGGAAUCUGUUUGUGGGUGAUGCCAUCAUAGCGGUCAAUGGGGUGGACUUAAGGAACGCUAAGCACCAGGAGGCAGUCGGCAUACUCUCACAACAGACUGGAGAGAUCACCCUGGAGGUGGUGUUUGUUGCACCUGACAUUGACUCUGAUGAUGAAAAUGAAGAAUACGUGGAUGAGAAUGGAUUUAGAACCCACGACCUGCCAACCUUGGAUGAGGCUGGGUACCGACUCUACAGAGAUACGGGUGAGGAAGAAGAAAACCCUCCCCCUCAGAUGAACGGCACCAUGUCCGGCCCCUCCACACCCCAGCGGACCCCAACAGCGGAAGAGGGGGGACCCCCUCCAGGCACUAGCUCCCAACAUGCACCAGCAGAGGCAUCCCACAAUGCAGAGUCUCCAUCUCAACCCAAUGCAGAUCACACACACAGUGCAGCAGAGCAGCAAUCCCAGAAUGCAACAGGAGACACCCAGAAUGCAACACGGCCAGCCAAGACGGGGAAAUUCAAACUCCCGACAAACAUCCAGAACUACAUUCCACCACCGCAGACCGUAGAGAACCCUCGGAGCAACCAGACGAUGCCGGGUCUCGCCGCAGCGCCGAACUCUACACAGCAACAAGGGGGGGCCGGCCUGCAAACUCUCAGUGUAGGGUCAUUACAGGCCAAUGCUGUACAACAAGAGGUCUUGGGUCAAAAAGACAGAGAGUUGUUCCACCCCUCAUAGGUAUGUCAAGUUUAACACGGAGGGCACACUUUAAGGACAAGCUCAGUUCUAAAAACAAAACAAAAAGAGGAAGACAUCAAAGUGCAGAGGCUCUUUUUAUCAAUCUUAAAUUUGGAAAAUUGAAUUAUUGUGUAUAGCAUGUAGAGCUGUUUCCAAAAUUUCUUCAUGCUAUUUUUUCUAGAACAGUCCUAAGCUGUCCUAAAUGGAAAUCUCUACAGACAGUAAAAUGAUAAUCCUUGGCUUCAGCAAAAUUAGAUGGUUAAAUGUGCCAUGUGUUCUUAAUGCAGAGAUUAAACUCUACAAUCAUCUAAUUUCUGUGUGUAGAUAAAAUUGAAGAAUUGUCAAAUGUAAACAGACAUGACAUCACAAAACUAAUCAAUGUGCAUGUGAUGAAAUUCCCAAAUUUUACCCAUUUUGAUUGUUCUGUGAUUGUUCAGUUAUAACUGUAAAGUGGAACAUUGUACUGUUAUGUUAUGUAGAGAGUAGAAAGAUCUUAUAUAUCUGAAAAAGAGUAGAAUUUAUGAUUAUCCAAGAACUUUUACUGGUAAUGUUACUUGAUGCUACAUAUAUAAAAGGUGACAGGGUCAAAUUGUAAUGCUUAUUGGCUGUACUAUAAUUACAAAUUGAUUCAUAGUUAGACUUUGUAAUAUUUUCAUAAAGUGCUAUACGUAUAUAUCAAUUAUGAGAGUGUAAAAAUGAAAAUUGGUACACAGUUUGUGUAAUACAUAUACAUAUAUGUAGUUGUCUAUUGCUUGUGCCAUGCCUAUAAUCAUGCUAUACUGGUGCCACUGUGUACACGGAGGGUGUACCUGUACAGAAAUGCACCCGCAUACACACACAUACAAAUUCAUGUACGCAUACACAAUACACAUGCACACACAAUACAGUUUUGUAUUUCAGCUACCUUUGAGUUUUAAGAUACAGUGUUUUUUUUUAUUUUCGAGGCACAACUGAAAUUAGUUGGUUUCUCAAAAAAAGUGCUCAAUACACAUUCACACUCUACAAUGAUCACACAUUCACAAGCAUGAAAGAAACUGACACAGAUACAUGUCAUGCUGUUGUGUCUUUAUGUAAGCAAACAAGUCUUGUGUUUGAGAGAAGGAUACACUUUUUAGGACACUCAAACUUGGGUUAGUGAUUUAUAGUUAACAUUAUGAUACAAGCUAAUGUCAGCAUCAGUUGCACAGUUCAUGCACCAUUCAAUUUUACUGCUUGAGUUGAGGGCAUACAUAGGGGAUUUCGUAGACACACUACUACAUUUUAAAAGACAUGCAUGUAUCACCCAGUGUCCAGCUGUAGGAUUGAACAGACAUGGGGCCAGGGCAAUGACUUAACGCAAUUUUACAACUUGGAAAUAUUGCUACAUGUAUACAGUAUAUAUAUAUAUUAUAUGUAUGGUGGUUUGUGUAAUUACUGGUCCCAAUUUCUGCUAUAAUUAUUAUGUACAUUCCAGUUUGUGUACAGAGUUCAAUACAUGUUCUAGAUAGAUGUAUGUAAAUGUAUGUUGCAGACUGUUGGUGCCUUGCUUCAUUGCACAUUUGUAUAGAUCUGAUCAAGAAACUUAGAAUAUAAUAUCAUACAUUAAUGGUGUGUACAUUUGUGAGAUGGGUGGUGUGCAUUUUAUUAUGGGAUUAAACAGAUUAAAAAAAAGUUUACAUAAGUUAGUCUUUAUUCAUGAUUUCAUUUUGGUAGUCAAGGUUCCAGUAACAUUUUAAAGCAAGAAAUUUAUUUCACAUUAACUUCCAAUCUAGUUUCAGUAGAUAAAAUGUUUGAAUCUUGAGUACCAGCUUGUUUGUAUGAAUGUAAGAGAACAGGAAAAUUGUGUGUAUGAUACAUUUAGCUUUAAUCAAGUAGUUUCAAACCAUGCUACAUACAACAGUAAGCUCCACUGUUAGCAAUUUUAAAGUCAGACACUGAAGCAUUGUUGUUUUAGUCGAUGCGGGUAGAUUUUCAUGAAAUUGUAAUAUUGUCAUGGUGGUCUUGUAUGUAUUGUUAAUAGCUACACUUGUUAAUUGCUUAUGUAUUGUUUGUCUUCUAGCAUUAAGUAUAUCCUAAUUAUAGCAGUCAUGGAGUAAGUUAUGAUAUAAUAUAGCUUUGCUGCUUUCAUUAUUGAAGAUACCUAUUAUAGUUAAGAUAGGAAAAGACAUGAUUACCCUUUCUAUAGCCUUUACCAGGAAUAUGAAUAAUCAUUUGACUAUAAAGGUGAUCAGUUAUAUUAGAAUUAUACCAACUAUUGGUAUAUUAUGCCAUUGUCAUGUUUAAAAUUGGUUCAUGGGUUUCAUUGUAAUUAUUGAUAAAUUGUAAUUGCUGGCUGUAAGGGUUUGGGUAUUCAGGCUACAUAAUGUUGAUACUGUAAAAUUGUAUGCCAUUGCUUUUGUACUGUACAUGUCAUCACUUGUAUAGCAUGUGGUCAUUUUAUGGGCUACAGAGCAAAUUAAAGCUGCAGUAUUUGUUUCAAUAA